CCCGCCAGGCUCUCCAGUUCGGGGCUCCCGCAGCAGACAUGCCCGGACAGCGCUCUCCGCGAGCCGCCUCCUGCGCGCGCCUGCUCCUGCUGCUGCUGCUGCUGCUGUCGUGGCCAGCGCCGGGCUCCACGCGACCCUCGGGGGACACCCACGCCGCCGCCGUCGCCGCCCAAGUCCGGGAGCUGCGGAAACGCUUCGAGCACCUGCUGGCCACCGUGCGGCUGCGGGCCAACCGCACCCACGAGGAGGACCCCGCCGCCGUGCGCACGCUCGCCUCAAAACGUGAGUGCUCCGCCCCCGUCCCCACGGCCUUCCCCAGCGUGCGAGGGGGGCCCAGCGGGGCCGAGGUGAGCCAGGCCAACCCCGAGGCGUCCCGCCGCCUGCACCGCGCGCCCAGGACUUGGGAUGACACGCGGCGGCUGCUGAGACAGCUCGGCCCGGGAGGACGCGGGCCGUCGCGCGUGAACGCGUCCCUGAGCGCGCAUCCCCAGCUGCGGGAGCUGCACCCGCGGAGCCGCAACCCCAGGCGCCGGCGUCCUCGCAGCAGCAUCCGAGCCGGCGCUGGAGGGGACGACGACUGUCCGCUGGGACCCGGGCGCUGCUGCCGCCUGCACCGCGUGCGCGCGUCCCUGCACGAGCUGGGCUGGAGCGACUGGGUGCUGUCGCCGCGCGAACUGCAGGUGGGCGUGUGCGUGGGUCAGUGCCCGCACCUGCACCGCUCGGCCAACACGCACGCGCAGAUCAAGGAGCGCCUACACCGCCUGCGGCCCGACUCUGUGCCCGCGCCCUGCUGCGUGCCCUCCAGCUACGAGCCCGUGGUGCUGCUGCACAAGACGGACAGCGGCGUGUCCCUGCAGACCUACGACGACGUCCUGGCCAAGGCCUGCCACUGCGUGUGAGCCCCCUCCUCGGCCUGGCCUCAGUGGUCUGCGUGGGAACAAUGGGUUGCCACACCCACCCACCCAUCCACUCCUGCCCCAACCCUUGUAUUUAUGUUUUUAUUUAUUAUUAACUUAUUGGGGUUGAUCUGUCUGGGGGACUUGCGGGUGGGGAGGGUAUUUGGUUUCUCAGAACGUGUAUUUAUUUAAGACUCUAGUAAUAAAAAAAAAAAAAGAAAACCUCUCAGCAGGUGUAGGAACCCUGCCCCCACGCCAACAAUCUGUGGACGGGGUGAGGGGAGGAGCUUAGAGGCGGGGGUGGGAUGGGGUAACCCCCAGCCGCUGCAGUGGGGGGCUUGGGUUUCUGGUCCCCACCGCACCCCGGUUGUGGUGGCACCUCGACUCCCAUUCAUCAUACCUCUGGUCUUUAAUACAAAAAGAGCAGUGAGGAAUCAAUAAAGCAGAGGGAUAUAUUUUCACGUGUGUGUGGGGGGGUGCCGUGGUAGAGCAGGUUAAUCUGCAACCUGCAGUGCCAGCAUCCCACAUGGGCACCAGUUUGAGUCCCGGCUGCUCCACUUCCGAUCC